UUGGAAAGGCUGUGCAGGCACUUGGAGAAGGGAAGGGAAGAGACAUGAAGGCUUCCUUGGACACAAACAGCUUUUGAGCUUGGUGGAGAAUGUGCUGGAGGGCAAAACCAAGAGCCUCCUCUCUGCGUGUUUCUCAAGUGUCUUCUGGCUUCCCCCAGAAAGGGAAAUGCCACGCUCAGGCGCUUCCCUCUACAUCAAGAGCGAUCUGAAGACACCUACAGGGCAGAUGGAGGAGUCCCGUGGUCGGACUGUGCCUGAGCGGCCUCUGCAGGCCCCAGAAAGGGCAAACGAUUCCAGCUGGUUGCCUGUAUAUGAAGAAGCAGAGGAAGCUGUGGAUUUCAUCAUGGCCUUUGUCAGCAGCCUUGACAAGGACACCCACAAGUUCACAUUUCUGAAGAGUGUCUACGUGCUGUGCAAAACCGCCUUGAAACGUGGCUUGACCCAGGGCCUGGAUUUAUUCUGCCAAACGUGCGAAGUGGUGGACAACAUCAAGGACAUCCUGGAAAAGGAGCCAAGGGACCAUGUGUCCUUACGGGUCCGGUAUCUCGCCAUGAUUACCAUCGAUGAAUUAAGCUUGGUGGAGAAUGUGCUGGAGGGCAAAACCAAGAGCCUCCUCUCUGCAUGUUUCUCAAGUGUCUUCUGGCUUCCCCCAGAAAGGGAAAUGCCACGCUCAGGCGCUUCCCUCUACAUCAAGACCCUGAAGGCCAUGGACACAAUGCUGAGGACACUGGUGCUCAGCUUUCCUGUCUCCAGUGUCAGCCAGGAGCUGCAGGACAUCUUUGAGAUGCUGCUGGACUUCACCAAGUCUGAGAGAGAAGUUGUGCAGGAGAGGGCUCUGGGGAGGAUCGGUGUCCUUACUUAUUUGAUGUCCAACUAUUCCAUUCUGAAGGCCUCUGUCAACUUUGGAAGAGACAGUUCUGGACGUGUCUGCCCUGAAGACAUCUCAAUCCCAAUCGUGGGAAAGCUGCUGGCACGUCUCAUUCUUUUCCGAUGUUCCAGUGAACAUACAAGCUAUACAGCCUUCCAUGCUCUUUUUUCCCUCGCUGAAUUCCUCUACAAGUCAAGGCCAAUUGACAGGUCAGACCAGCUCGUUUGGGAAGGUGUGACCACCUCCUCCUUGUGUUCCCUGAGCACCAAGGACUGUACCCAGGCCUUUGGAAGAUAUCUCCGCUCUAGCGAGAGGACAGACGUCAUCCUCGAGGCCAUUGGGGCGUUGAGAGAUGACAGCAUCCUUGACAAGGAGGUGCCCAGCAGCAUGCUGGAUGUGGCCAUGAGAGACCCAGACUCCUGGCUGAUGGAUGUGCCCAAGAUAGUGAGCUGCAUCCUUGAAACCCUGCCAUGCAUCACCACGGAGUCAGGCUGUAAGAAAGUGGAGUCACUGUUUCUCCUGAUGACCAACGAGUAUGGCUCAGCAGUGCUCAUCAGCCUGUGUGAGAUGGCUUUUCAAGGAGACAGCACUGUGCAGGAACUGUGCGACACUCUGUCCUCCAUGCCUGAGAUCUUGGACAAGGUCCUAACGGAAUUGGCUACCUUGCUCCGCAACCAGUGGUGCAACCCUCGCAGAGAAGGCACCUGCGCCUCUCGCAGAGCCUCGUCCUCGGGGCAGAUUGACGUGGAGGAGUUGGGUGACGAGCCCAACGUCUGGAGCGAUCAGGAGCAUGUCGAUGUGCUGAUGGCCUUCGUGUUGCUGGAAGUCCUCGCUGAGCUGUCAGAGAGAGCUGAGAUGGCAAAAAAAGUUGACGCCUUCCUGCCAAGCAUGAUGAAGAUACUGGAAGCUGGCAGUGAAGAUGAAAAGCUGAAGAUCAUUGUGGUCUUCCGAAAUAUCCUGGGUCAGCUGAAAAAGGCAAAGGCCAGCUCCAUCGCCAUGAUGCUGGUGGGGAAGGUGCUGCCGCUCUUUGACUCGGAGUGCAGCCAGCUGCGAGAGCUCUCCCUGUUGCUCUUCAGAGACCUGCUGAAGGCUGUGUUGAGUAGGGAUGAGAAGAAGAUGAGGAGGAACAUUCAGAGUGCUCUGGUCCCUCUUCUCUUCCGUCUGAAUGACCAUAUCCCCAGCGUGGCUAAGGCCUCCAGGGAAGCCCUUUUUGCUGCUGCAGAGCUUCUCAAAUGGAAGCAGCUCAAGCACCUGCUGCAGAGAGAGCGGAUGUGGGAGCUUGGAGAAUGCUUGCUGCUGAGGAGGAGCAGCAGGGCUGAAGAGUACAUGCAUCAGAGCCUGCCCUACCUGAGGGACUCUCAGUCCUCCGUGCGCCUGGCGGCCGUCAGGUUCAUCAGGAGCGCCACGACACACAUGAGGGACCAGGAUUUGGAGACUCAGACUGACGUCCUCAGUGCCCUUCAGCCCUUGGAGACGGACAGGGACAUCUCGAUCAGUUCCAUGGCAGCCCACGCUGGCUCGAUCCUAAGAGCUCCAAGGGUGCGGCGAAGAUCAUCGGUCAUUCUCCAAAUGCUGUGCUGCUGGUGCCGGUGAGCCCAGCAGAUUU